CUGCCUCUCCGAGAGUCUCGAGCUGUGACUCGCGCAGGGCGGCCUCUCAUUGGCUGUCGGCGGGCACCCGGAGCAGGUCGCUCUCCUCGGUGCUGAAAUCGCAGCUCGUCGUGACCAUGUAAACGGCGAUGAGGCUAAACGGACCAUCGGCCAACGAACACCAAAAUGGACGAUGAUCUGUUCCAGCUGAGACAGCUGCCUGUUGUUCGCUUCCGUCGCACAGGUGAGAGCACACGCUCUGAGGAAGAUAUUGAGAGCAGAGAGCAGGAUGCCAGAAUUGCAGAGCAGACUGAUCAGGAGGCUGUGGCGCUUGCCGAGGGGGCUCCAGUACCUCGAGAAUUUGCCAAUCCGACUGACGACACAUUCAUGGUGGAAGAUGCUGUGGAAGCCAUAGGCUUUGGGACAUUUCAGUGGAAACUCUCCAUCCUUACUGGCCUCUCCUGGAUGGCUGAUGCUAUGGAGAUGAUGAUCCUCAGCAUUUUAGCUCCACAGCUCCACUGUGAAUGGCGACUGCCCAGCCUAGAAGUGGCACUGCUUACAUCGGCAGUGUUCAUUGGGAUGAUGAUCAGCUCUUCUCUUUGGGGAAACAUAUCUGACAAAUACGGCAGAAAGACAGGUCUGAAGUUGAGCGUGCUGUGGACGAUGUUCUAUGGCCUGAUGAGUGCUUUUGCACCUAUUUAUGGGUGGAUUCUUGUCCUCCGUGCACUGGUGGGCUUCGGCAUUGGAGGAGCACCACAGUCGGUAACGCUGUAUGCUGAAUUUCUGCCUAUGAAGUCCAGAGCUACAUGCAUAUUGCUUAUUGAGAUAUUUUGGGCACUGGGCACUGUGUUUGAGGUCCUUUUAGCAAUCCUGGUGAUGCCCACUCUGGGCUGGCGCUGGCUGCUUGGACUUUCUACCAUUCCUCUCUUCAUCUUUGCCAUCCUGUGUUUUUGGCUGCCAGAGAGUGCCCGAUACGAUGUGUUGACCGGGAAUCAGGAAAAGGCUCUGAACACGCUGAAGCGCAUUGCCACUGAGAACGGAGCACCCAUGCCACUGGGAAAACUAAUUGCUGCCAGACAGGAAGAUCGUGGGAAGAUUCAAGACUUAUUUUCAUCUCACUUCCGCUGGACCACAGUUCUGCUGUGGUUUAUUUGGUUUGCAAAUGCGUUCUCUUACUACGGGCUGGUGCUGCUCACCACAGAGCUGUUUCAGGAGGGAGGCGCAUGUGGAAUGUCCAAAGGUAACAAGGAGGAGGUCCAAUGCAGCUUAGAGUGUAAAUACCUGAAUUCUGAUGACUAUAAAGACCUGUUGUGGACUACAUUAUCUGAAUUCCCAGGACUGCUGGUGACACUGUGGGCUAUCGAUCGACUGGGAAGAAGGAAGACCAUGGCACUGUGUUUCCUCGUCUUCUCUCUGUGUAUCAUUCCACUCUAUGGCUGUGUUGGGAGAGCCUCUAUGACGGUGUUGAUAUUCAUUGCCAGAGCAUUUAUUGCAGGAGGGUUUCAGGCAGCCUAUGUGUACACCCCAGAGGUAUAUCCAACAGCGACCAGGGCUUUAGGACUGGGAACAAGCAGUGGAAUGGCCAGGGUUGGUGCCCUAAUCACACCAUUUGUUGCCCAGGUGAUGCUGGAGUCCUCGGUGUACCUGGCUCUUUCGGUGUACUGCUGCUGCUGUCUCUUCGCUGCCGUCGCCUCCUGUGCAUUGCCAAUCGAGACGACAGGCCGCAGCCUGCAGGAGUCCAGCCACCGUGAGUGGGGACAGGAGAUGAUGGGUCGGGCCUCCUCCCACAGCUCUGGAGGAAUCCCUCACUCCAGCUCCGGCUCACAGGGUUGAGGACACGUCAGCUGGAGCACAGCUGAGAGGAGACCGCAGUGAAGAAGCGAAGCAAGGAGAGGCAAGAAAGCAAAACCAGCUCUCUAUGUUCAUCUCUGCCCCCUUCUAUGAUUCUUCAGUUUAGUCACCACAGUGGCGGACAGCCAGGCAGCACAGUAGUUACAUGUACAUGUCACUGCACUUAUAGUCUUUAAACACCAUUGCUGUCAAAGGUUUGCCACUGUUUAACUGCACACAGGGUAAUCAGAAAGACCAAAUGACCUACAUGAGUGCAAGAGCAAAUGAGGGAAACUCGUGAAGAAGAGAGAAUUCUAAUACUUCAACCAAAGUAUUUUAAUCCUGCUUUUCUAAUGCAAGAAAAGCAAAAGGGAGUACGUGGGGUCUAAACAACUAUGUUCUUUUAAAAAGCCUUAAAACUACCUAUUUAGCUUGUGGUUGAGAGACCUACUCUUAAACCUAUGAGAAAGCUGCUUCUGCUAACAUAGUGGGCAUAAAUACAUAUGUAAGAAACAGCAUUAUCCUGUGCACACAAAUUGCCUGCUGAAAUACACUAAUCACACUUUUUUUUUUUAAAGGGAAAUUCCACACAAUCAAAACACCAACAGCACCUGAAUGAAUAGGGUUUAUUUAAAUUAAAAAUUUCAGCUGUGAGGGUGAAAGGAAGUCACUAAGUUUCAUACACAGAGCAUCCUUUUCAAAUCCUGUGUUAUAUGUGUUGCUCUUGUAUCAGUAUUAUUUCACUUUUAAACAUGGAGGACAUUCAUUUCCUGCUAACGACCCAAGGAAGAUGCAUGUAAUGAUGAAAAAUACCACCUCAUCUCUUGAUUAUUGUGAGGGCAGAUUAUUUAUACCAAGCUAAAGGAUCUGUUGAAGCCUUCAUCAGAACAUAUUAACAUCAGUAAAAUAAAAACAUUUCAUAUUUACUGCACAAAUGGACUCCACGUAUCCUGUAUUCAUGUUAACAUUAAAGUAUUUGAUCAUUUAAAUCUGAGCAUUUUCUCAAUACCCAAAAGCUGACGGAGCCUAGUUAGUAAGUUUUACAU